GUUUGUCUGUAUGUGCUCGUGUUUUUGGUGUGCGCAUGUGUUUUUGUAUGUUUUUCGUGUGUGUGUGUGUGUGUGUGUGUCUUUUCGAAAAGCUUCCCUCCCGGGCCUCUCUUCCCUUCGCCUCGGUGGCGCGACCCGGGGCCUCCCCCUCCCCCGUCGGCGACUCGGCGCCAGGGCCCCCGCCGCGGCGUCUCGGCACAGGAGCGCCCGGUGCGCGCCUCCCCCGCCGCGAAGAUGAGCUCCGCGAGGGUUGCCAUGGCCGGAGGGGCUGCCCGACAGGCUGCCUGCCCACCGUGGCCGAGAGGACCGCGCCCCCGCGCGCGAGCGCGAGGCGGAGGCCUGGCGCGCGGAGGUCCGCGGCCAGCUGGCCGCGCUGCUGGAGCAGGUGGCCGAGCGGCAGCAGAGCUUCGAGGAAUCCCUGCGCGGGUGGAUCGGCGCCGAGCUCGCCGAGCGGAUGCAGGAGGUGGCCAGGGCGCGCGACGACUGGGAGGCAGACAGGUGGGAGAACCAGAACUUCAUCGAGCACCUCGCCCAGAGACUGA